AUGUGGCCGCCCUCGGACGACGAGAACCUGCUCUGCUGCGCCUGCUGCACGCCCGACACGUUGGGCGUCCCGUCCGAGGUGAGCUGGGUCGGAUGCGACGAGUGCGACGGCUGGUUCCACAGCUAUUGCGUGCGCGUGCCCGACGCCGUCGCCGAGACCCUCGACUCUUUCCGCUGCCCGCGCUGCUGCACGCUCGCGGGC